GGGGGAGACUCAUGUAAAAUUUUCAAAAAAUCGAUUUUUUUUUUUUUCGAUAUUCUGAAAGUAUACUAUGUUGAGCGUGUACUGACGAGCCGGAAAAAAAAAAUCUCGAAUAUUUACAAAGUUAUAGCUAAUACAGUGGAGCGGGCCGAAGUACGUAUUGUCAAGUAACGAGCCAGGUAGUCGGGGCGCUUGAAAAGGACCCUUCUAUUAUAAUACCUGGAAAUAUUUCUUUUGUUCAACUAUCGAGAAUCCUUUUUAGUAAAUAUAUAUAUAUAUACUUUUACAUUUCUGCACACGUGUAACAUUAGUACACGAAUAAUCGUUAGUCGAGAAAUAUAUUUAGUUUAGCUGGAGAUUUCUUCGUGUUCAGUCGAUUUUGAAAAGCAAAAAUGCCGAAUUAUAAAAAAGGUACACGUGGGAAUAUUGCAAGAAAUAACACCCGGAAACGAAAGUUUCAGGGCAAUCAAUUCACUAAUAAUGAAGGUGAAAAAUUCGAAGCCAGUGUAAGCCAUGAUCACAGUGCCAGUGGCAAAAAACUCCAUGCCCGUGAUAGUGAAGAUAUAAUAACAAAUCCUUUACACGGGUACAGGAUAAUUGAAUUUUUUACAGUGUUUACAGCUUUGUCUGAAAUUGUGAAGUGCUCGGUGUGUAAUCAGAAGAUAAAAUUCAAUGAGUGUAGUUCCAGAGGUCUUGGUUUUAAAAUUGUUGUCACAUGUCCAUGUGGUAAUAAAACAAUAAAUUCAGGUCCUUUCAUUAACAACGGAUUUGAAAUAAACCGGAGAAUAGUGUUUAUCAUGAGACUUUUGGGUGUUGGAAGAGAAGGGAUAAAUUUAUUUUGUAACCUGAUGGACCUAUGCACUGGUUUGAGUAAAAGUUGUUACGCUAACAUUGUGGAACACAUUUAUAAUACAGUGAAAUUAUCAUUUGAAUUUCUAUCGCAGAAGGCAGUGAAAGAAGAGAUGGAAAAAAAUGUCGAGCAAGGAAGAGAAAAAAAUAUUUUAAAAGUAUCUGGAGAUGGUACUUGGAAAAAACGUGGUUUCAAAUCAAAUUACGGUGUUGCAACGCUCAUAGGAUAUUAUUCAGGGAAAGUUAUUGAUUUGAAAACAAAAAGUAGUUACUGUCAAGGCUGUAUUUACUGGAAGAACAAGACUCAUACAGAAGAAUUCCGUAAGUGGAUUGAAUAUCACGAGGAUGAGUGUCAAAAAAAUCACGAAGGUUCGUCAGGAAAGAUGGAAGUCGAUGCCAUGAAAGAAAUGUUCUCGACUUCAGAAGAAAAAUUCGGAGUAAAAUAUGGUAACUACAUUGGUGACGGAGAUUCUAAGACAUUCAAGGCUAUUCUAGAUUUAGAACCUUACGGUAAUGAGUUACCAGUAGUGAAGAGUGAAUGUAUUGGUCAUGUAGAAAAAAGAAUGGGUUCUCGACUUAGAAAUGUAAGAAAAGAAAAGAAACUUUCGGGGAGAGGAAAACUAACUGAUAAAGUGGUAAAAAAAUUAACAAAAUAUUAUGGUUUAAGUAUUCAGAGAAAUGUUAACAGUGUUGAAAAUAUGAAAAAAGCCAUAAUGGCUACUUAUGAUCAUAUUUUUUCCACUACAGAAAAUCCCCAACAUGAUAACUGCCCUGUAGGCGUUGAUAGCUGGUGCAAAUGGCAGAAGGCUAUUGCUCAAAAUCGAGAUCCUCGAAAGGAAAAUUUAGCUCCAUUACUUGGUGAAGAUUUAAAACAGCAUCUUUUACCAAUAUAUCAAGAUUUGUCCAAAGAUGAUUUACUUGAGCGAUGCCUUGGUGGUCAUACGCAGAACGCGAACGAAAGUUUUAACGCUACAGUUUGGCGAUUAUCCCCAAAACACCUGCAUUCCGGACUAAAAGUAGUCGAAAUUUCAGCUUACAUUGCUGCAGGGAUAUUUAAUGAAGGUUAUACUUCCGUAUUAAGAAUAAUGAACCUUUUGAAUCUGAAUAUUGGCACUUAUGCUAAGAUAUUUGCGGAUAGUACAGACGAGGAGCGAAUAACCCGACAGAAUCGUAAAAGCCUUUCAGAGACCAAAGAUGCUCGUUCAGCUCGCAGACAACAUCAAAUAGAUGAAAAUCAACUUUUUGAGGAGGAAGAAGGACUGUUAUAUGGACCUGGAAUUGCAAAUUAGUCGAUCAAUGGUUGAUGAGUGACAAAUGAAGCAGUUUCGGACCUCGCGUCAGAGGCAGCCUACAAGACAUCAUGCUGAGCCGCCAUUUUGAAUUAAAAAAAAAAAAAUAAUUCUUUUUUUGUAGUCUUAAAAUGUUUAAUAAAGUUGUGUUAAAAGUUCUAAACAAUUAAAUUAUUUUUUCACUGUAAAAAAAAAUAUUAAAAAAUGACCGAUUUCGAGGCAUUUACAUGAGUCUCCCC